AUAUGAUUUUUGAGAAACAAUUCCAAUUUAGUCGAUAGAUUAGACACCUUAUCAUGAAAAGGUAGAUAACUUUUAUCAAAUUACAGACCUAUAAUCUUUAUGUUACAAACUAAUAAUACAUUUCGUUGAUUAUUGUUAAUACGUAAACAUGGUGGAAGUAGUAUACGGCUCGUCCCAUUUCAGAUCUCUAUUAGGAAUACUAAAAUUAGGCGAAAUACUAUCAUGCUUAAUAGCAGUUUGUAUAGUUGCAUCAAAAUUUCAUUAUAAUUAUGAUAUUGUAAAAGCAUUCUAUGCAGGAACCGUUAUAGGAAUUAUACUAUCUGCAGUCAUAUUCGGACUAAGUUCAACGGAAUCUGCACAUUCACUAAACAACAGUCUCAAACUGCAAUGUUUUGUUCUUGCGAUCCUUUUCCUUUAUAACAUUAUAGUUAGUUCGAUCUUCUUGUCUGAUUUUAGAGGAUGGUCUGCGAUUGAAGCUGCUGGGGCAUUUGGACUCAUAGCUUCUUUUCUGUAUUUGGUGGAUUCCAUUCUUACGUUUAAAGCAUAUGGACUUAGAUUUUAAUAUGCUGUGGACUAUCAACAGACCUCAUUACACUGCCAGACGAGAUGAAUAUACUUAUUAGUAUAUUAAUAUAAUAAUUUAACUACAUCUAUUUGAAUUCUUGUUAAUAUAUUAUUUUUUAUUUUUUGUAAACUUUUAUAAUUAUAUCUGAUAACUGUUACAUUUUGUGUAAGUUAACUUUUUCAAAGAAAAUAGUAUUUUAAACAUUUUUUUAAUCUCCAUUUUUGUUCUUCUAUAAACUUAUCGAUAGCACUGAAAUUAACCGUCAUUUCCAAGCCAAGUUGACGUGAUUUUUUCGAGCAUACGGCAUUAAUAUACUUUGUUUCUGGUGUGUCUAUAAAAUUAUAUAGUUCUCUAAUAUACUAAAAACAUACUAAAAAUCACA